AUGUCGGGCAUACCAAACACAAGCUCUGGACCGUCUGAAGAGACUUGGAAUGGUAGAUACAAUGGCUAUACCGCGACGGUCACGAUUUGCAGCGCUGUGUCGCUAUACAAUGCCAUCGAACUUGGUCUGUUGAUAAUCACAACUUUCAAGCAAUGGAGCGGGUUAUACUUCUGGAGCAUGGCUGUCUCGACUCUGGGCCUUCUGCCGUACAACAUCGGGUUUAUGAUAGAGUAUUUCAACCUCACACACCUCGCUGUCGGCAAGUCACUCGAUGGUAUUGGCUGGAUCAUGCUCAUCACUGGCCAAGCCCUCGUUCUCUACUCCCGUCUAGGUCUUAUCCUCCAUAAUCCGACCAUAUUGAGAUGCAUCAAAUACAUGAUCAUCUUCAACGCAAUCGUAUGGCACACUACCACAGAAGUCCUCAACUUCGGCCAAGCAUUCGGCCCAGUGCGCCCCAAUUCCCCAAACCGCGCUGGCUUCGAAACAGGCUAUCGCUACGUGGAAAAAGUGCAAAUGACCGUCUUCUGCGUCCAAGAAUUCAUCAUCUCCGGCGUCUACGUCUGGCAGACGGUAAAACUCCUCAAAGUCAUCUCCAAAAAAGGCACCCGUCGCGUCAUGUGGCAACUCUUCAUCGUCAACGUCGUCAUCAUCAUCCUCGACAUCGGGCUUUUAGCGAUUGAAUACAAGGACCAACACGUCCUGGAACAGACUAUCAAGGGCUUCACCUAUAGCAUCAAACUCAAACUUGAAUUCGUGAUUUUGGGUAAACUCGUCGAUCUCGUCCAAUCUAGCAAACGGACCCUCUCAGGCGCUUUCGUCGGCGGCGAAUCUUACUCCACCGCCGCUACGGGCGAACUAUACCAAGAUACUCACGACCCACGGCCGCGUUGGCUUAGAGAUCUUGAACGGCGCUCUUCGGCAACGCAUACGAUUGGGAAGGACGCGUCCGGGGAGACGGGGACGAGCUCGAUUACGGCGAAGGGCCCGACGACGAUGUCGAUGGAUUUUUCCGAGUUUGAGAAUGAGAUGCCGGCGCCGCUGCCUUUGUCGUUGGAAACGUACACGAGGAGGGAGGAGACGUAUAGGAGGCGGAGGGGGGCUGGUGGGGUUAUGUAUGCGGAGGCGUUGAGGGGAAUGGGUUUGUCGAGGUCGAGGGGGGUGGGGAUGAAUGGAGGGGCGUGA